GGCCUCGGGGAGGACAAUGGAACAGUUCACCAUUCACAUCAAUGCCAGCCCCAAGAGCAAGGUCACCUUCAAGCUGACCUACGAGGAGGUGCUGAAGCGAAGACUGAACCAAUAUAACAUCAUCAUCAAAGUCAAGCCCAAGCAGCUGGUGCAGGAUUUUGAGAUCGAUGUGGACAUAUUUGAACCACAAGGGAUCAGCAAGCUGAACGCCCAGGCCCCCUUCCUCCCCAAGGAACUGGCUGCUCAAACCAUCAAGAAGUCCUUCUCAGGGAAAAAGGGUCGCGUGCAUUUCCACCCCACCAUGGUCCAGCAGCAGUCCUGUCCUGCAUGCUCCACGACCUUGCUGAAUGGGGACUUCAAGGUGACUUACGAUGUUAAUCGAGACAAGCUCUGCGACCUGCUGGUGGCCAAUAACCACUUUGCCCACUUCUUUGCCCCCCAAAACCUGACGAACAUGAGCAAAAACCUGGUCUUUGUGAUUGACACCAGUGGUUCUAUGGCCGGCGAGAAAGAGAAGCAGACCAAAGAGGCACUCCUUAAAAUCCUGGCUGACAUCCGGCCAGCAGACUACUUUGACCUGGUCCUCUUUGCGUCUCGAGUACAUGCUUGGAGGAAUUCGCUGGUGCCAGCCAACAAGGCCAACCUCCAAGCAGCCCAAGACUUUGUGCAGCGCUUCUCUGUAGGCACGGCCACAAACCUGAACGGUGGUCUACUGCGGGGUAUUGAGAUCUUGAACAGCGCCCAGGCACACCUGCCGGAGGUCAGCAAGCAUGCCGCCAUUCUCAUCAUGCUGACUGAUGGCGAGCCCACAGAGGGGGUGACAGAUCGUCCUGAGAUCCUCCAGAACAUCCAGCGUGCCAUCAGGGGCAGGUUCCCCCUCUACAGCCUGGGUUUUGGCCAAGACUUGGACUUCAAUUUCCUGAAGAGCUUGUCCAUGGAGAACAACGGAUGGGCCCAGAGAAUCUACGAGGGCCACGAUGCUGCCCAGCAGCUGCAGGGCUUCUACAACCAGGUGGCCAACCCCCUGCUCGUGGACGUGGAGCUGCUCUACCCCCAGGAUGCCGUCGUGGCCCUGACCCAGCACCGCCACAAACAGUACUAUGAUGGCUCUGAGAUAGUGGUGGCCGGGCGCAUUGCAGACCACAAACUGGGCAGCUUCAAAGCUGACGUGCGGGCCCGUGGGGAGGGACGAGAAUUCCAGACCACCUGCCUGGUGGAUGAAGAGGAGAUGAAGAAGUUGCUCCAAGAGCGUGGCCACAUGCUAGAGAACCACGUGGAGCGCCUCUGGGCCUACCUCACCAUCCAGGAGCUGCUGGCCAAGCACACAAAGGCCAAGGGCAAGGAAAAGGAAGACCUGUCAUCCGAGGCCCUGAAGAUGUCGCUGGCCUACCAGUUUGUGACCCCACUGACCUCCAUGACCAUCAGAGGCAUGACUGAUGAGGACGGCCUGAUGCCCACCCUUGACAAGCCCCCAGAGAGCUCCCAUCUCAUGGAGAUGGUGGGACCCAGGAGGACAUUUGUGCUCUCUGCUGGGCAGCCCCCUCCUACCAGUUCCAACACAAGUAACUUCAACACCAAGCUGCCUAACCAAGUGACAGGCGUGGACACAGAUCCCCACUUCAUCAUACACGUGCCCUACAAAGAGGACGCCCUAUGCUUCAACAUCAAUGAGCAGCCCGGUGUAAUACUGAACUUGGUACAGGACCCCAACACAGGCUUCUCGGUCAGGGGACAGCUGGUGGGCAGCGAGGCCGGGAGUCCCAGGCAGCACCAGGGCACAUACUUCGGCCGGCUUGGGAUCGCCAACCCUGCCACAGGCUUUCAACUGGAAGUGACUCCUCAGAAUAUCACACUGAGCCCUGGGCCCGUGUUCUCCUGGAGGGACCAGGCUAUGCUGCAUCAGGAUGGGAUAGUGGUGACCAUCAACAAGAAGAAGAACUUGCUGGUGUCCGUGGAGGACAGGGCCACCUUCGAGGUGGUCCUGCACCGAGUGUGGAAGGGGAGCUCAGCACCCCGGGACUUCCUGGGUUUCUACGUGCUGGAUAGCCAUGGCAUGCCAGCCAGGACGCAUGGGCUGCUGGGACAAUUCUUCCACCCCUUUGACUUUGAAGUGUCCGACCUCCGUCCAGGCUCAGAUCCCACCAAGACGGAUGCCACAAUGACGGUGAAGAACCGCCAGUUGACAGUCACCAGGGGUUUACAAAAAGAUUAUAGCAAGGACCCGCGGCGCGGGGUGGAGGUGUCCUGCUGGUUCGUCCAUGACAACGGAGCUGGCCUGAUCGACGGUGUCCACACUGACUACAUAGUCCCCGACAUCUUCUGAGCCUGCCCGCUGACACACCUGCUCCCCCACCCAGAACCAUGGCAGAGGAGGAGGAUGGCACUUUGACCUGGCCACACCCCCACUGUCAAAGCAUCCAAAGACUUCUAUUAAAAACCUACUAUGUCCUGCUCAGA